AUGUCUCGCCCUACGGCAGGAAGCGCGGUGCCGUCUAGCAAUGCCUUCGACGGCGGAAUGCUCUGGCACAGACCUCUUGUACACGGCUGCAACACACUUUCGAGGUCGAGUGCGCGGAAUGGCGAGGAUAUGAGCUUCCUCCGCUCGUCGCUCGCCGCAUUGGACCCAGACGACUUCAUCUCCCAACGCGAAUACGCCGCACUAGUUGCUCGGAGAUUCUCUACCUCCACCACCCCCGCAGGCUCACGAAGGGCGGCUCACAGGCCCUCACAGGCCCUCACACCGCCACUCCGCCAGCGCCGCCGGAAUUCGUCCGGCGACUUCCAGACGCUGAGUCCCGUUUAUGCGCAUGGCGCACUCUCGCAAGAAAUAACGCUUCGAUCAGCUCUUGUGAGCGCUCGGCCCUUCCGUUUUCUCCGGUAUGAGCACCAGCACAUUGAGCCCAGCGUUCCGACUGCGCCAAGUUCCCUCCAGACCAUCGGCGACCCCAUUAUCCUGGACCAAUUCUUGGCGGCCCUACACUACUUGAACAACGCCCCCUCGACUUCUCCAAGUAUUCUCCUGCGUCAAGGAACACCUCGGGUAUUCAUUGAACCACUGCUUCGCGUCCGAGGCAUCGACCACGAAGUUGCAAUAAACGAAAGCCUUCGCCGGAUCAUCAAACACAUCGACACGAUGGGAAGACUUGAUGGCGACAUUGACAUUCUUGACAUCUGCCACGCUACAAUGGUAUACUCCCGACCUUUGCGCACGACCGGGUCGCUGAUGCCGAUGCCGAUGCCGAUCAAGACCAUCACCAGGGCGAAGGCUGAUCGGGAUGAAGUCGAAGUCGAAGCGAAGGCCAAAAGACUCCACGGCAAACGAAGAGACGACGAUCCUCUGCAGCGUAGUGGUGAUGAAGUGAAGUACCGGAGUUACCACCGCAACAUCCUCGACGACCGGGCAACCGUCGGCAACGACUUGAAUGGGUCACAAGACAACAUCGACCCACUCACCGGUACUUCGCCUUCGCUGGCGGUCUUGCUGAGCGACAGCAGUGGCGAGCCUGUCCGCACCAUCUCCAGAGCAAGGCAACUGUGCUGUGGAUCGUGGGUCGCUGCAGGGAUCGCCGAAGGUGAAGAGACCAGAGCUUCGAGGGCGGACUUCGGUCAGUUGCCUGCAGUCGGCCGGGCGAAAGGUCCUGCCUCCAUGCCUGUCGUGAACAGCGAUUGCGAGCGCCGCGCAUGA